UGUGAUUGGUUUUUUUUUACUUUGUGAAAUGAACAGUCGUCACACAUAAAUUAUCACCAAGAUUGUGAAAUAAACAUAAUUAGCUUAGUUAAAUUAAUCAGUUUUAGUUGAAGUUUUUAUUAGCAUAAUUACACUGAUUGCCUAAAAAGAUCAUUUUAAAAAUGGCCGAUAUGAGUGAUAAAUAUAACACGAAAUGCCCAGGUGUUAAAAGAUUAAUGCGGGAGGCAUUAGAACUAGCAGAAGCGACAGAAGAAUAUUGUGCUAGACCCCUGGAGGAUAAUCUAUUUGAAUGGCAUUUUACAGUAAGAGGUCCUCCAGGAACCGACUUUGAAGGUGGGAUAUAUCAUGGAAGGAUAUUGUUGCCUAAAGAAUAUCCUAUGCACCCACCUCACAUUAUACUUUUAACACCCAAUGGAAGAUUCGAGGUGAAUAAGAAAAUAUGCUUGUCAAUAUCUGGACACCAUCCGGAAACGUGGCAACCUUCAUGGUCUAUAAGAACAGCUUUGUUGGCUCUGAUUGCAUUUAUGCCAACUCCUGCCGAGGGAACAAUUGGAGCAUUGGAUUACACACCGGCUGAGCGUAAAAGUCUCGCUAAAAAAUCUGUAAGUUGGGUAUGCCCACAGUGUGGUGAAAUUGCACCUCUGCUGUCCUCAAAUGCUGCUAAGCCAAUAACCGAGGAGGAGCAAUCUGUACUUAAUCAAAUCGCAUUUAAAGGGGAAGAGGAACAGGCUGCUAAACCCCCUGAGGAACCAGCCUAUGAACCUGAACCACAAGUAUUGGAAUCUGUUGACGCUAGCACCACAUUUUUAGACCAAAUGUUAGAAAUAAUUGUUGCAUUGUUGGUAGGAGCAGUUGCUAUAUUCAUAUACAGGCGCUGGAAUGCAUAUUCAUCUGUUGAUACUGAAUUAUAAGUAGCCUAUGUAAAAAAUGUAUCCUUAGGCCUAAGUUGUACUAUAAAAAUAUCACAUUUACUCUACAUUUUACAAAUAAUAUCAAAUCUUAAGCAUUAGAAUAAUAUUAAAAUCUGUAAUGUCUUAAAAAUAAUCAUUUGCUUUGGAAAAAUUAUUUUAUUAGUGUAUGUAAAAUUGUGAUUUUGAAUAUUAGUAUUUCUAAUAAGAAUUCUUCUUUGGUGUCCUUUUGCAGUUAAAUUAUGCUGUAUAAAUAUUACUCGCUAUUAAAAAAAUUAUGUAGUACUGUGAUGAGUGGAUACAUGUAAACCUUGAUGUUUACUUAUCAAGUAUCAGAUUUCAACAGUCCCAGAAUAAUUAAAUCAAGAAAGCUUUUUUUUGAUAGUUCAUACUAAUAUAGACUAUU